AUGAGCAGCCUGGGGAAGCCAUGGGCACGGCUCCCCCUUAACCACGACUCUGAACACUGUCCAUGGAAUACUAUCCCCCCCUUAAUCCCUGUUGUCACAUCAUCCACCCAGGUCACUCCUAAACCCCCAGGAGACAUCCCUCCUUUCCCAACAUCCUCUUCUUCAACUCCACUCCCACAACUUUCUACAUCAACUACCCCAUCCUACCCCAUUAACUGUCCACCUCUCCACAUAUCAGUACAAUGCUACACCAUCUCCCCUAGAGACCGUCGUAAGUCCCCCACCAAUACUGCCAAGAUUACCUUCCACACUUCAGUCACUACUUCCCCAGUACCCAAACCUCUGCCUCCUCACCCAAUUCAUCGCACAAGACAAGCUUAA